AUGCAGUUAUUCUCUCAAAAUAUACCAGAAAGUUUUAAAAUGUACCUGCACAACAUGCCUACAAAUUAAGUUACAGCAAAUAACAUUGGAUCAAUUUUACCUUAAAAAAAAGAUUGAUCAGUAAUGUCGUGUUCUAAUAAGAAAGUAGAGACUCAUGCAGUCAAUGAAAAGCCAAGGAAAAAAAAAUGAAGGAAGGGAUUAAUACUGUUGUGUUAAGAAGACAAAUUCGUUUUUAUGUAAUUAAUUACGAGUACUUGACGUUGACUCACCACCAAGUAGGUGUGAUUCGGGCUGGGUGUGUUUAUAUAACUAUUGUCUAGUCAAGGUUAGAUAUCAUAUAAUCAUUGAAUAUUUACAAAAGAAAAUAUAUAUUUAGCAUUACAUUUUGAAAAACAAAACAACCAAUUAGUUUUUUUUUUCUAUUAUAAACAUCGAGGGUUUCGGAUGAAGCAGGAUACACGGCGUGUGUUGUUCUCGUUCAUCUUCUUUAUAUAAACAAACAGACUUCCACAUUUAUGGUGGUCACAUAAAGUUUUUCAUUUUCUCCUCUCAUACUGAUCAGAGGUCAGAUUCUUAGCUCGCCGGCGACUUUUGCGAUCACAUUCUUCACGGCGAGUUACAUUGAAAUCACCAACAGGUAACUCUGCUGCAUUUGAUUUUAAAUGCCCACACUCACUCACUCGUACAAAGAGCUAUACCAAACCCCAUUUUGUCCCCUCACCUAUAUCAAAAGUAUUUGCUACCUGUAGAUUAUGAGCUUAGGACCGUACAUCUUAUAACGAUUGAUUAGCGCAUGUUAAAUUAAUUAUCCAAAUUUUAUCAAUGGAAUUUGGAAAUCCAAUAAACAUUUACUAAAAUGAUCCAAAAGUCUUAGUCUUCCUAGUUGGUUCUUUUUAAAGUUUUGGCUUUAGACAAGUGAUUACUAUUAUUUAUGUUUGUCUAGUUUUUUUCAAUUUUAGCUUUUCCAGUUUGUUUAGUCUAUAAUGCAAAGUAGUUACUGUUAUCACUUGUUUUUGAGAUUAAAGUUAUGUUUUGUCUUAUUUAAUUUUGUCCUGAUAGUGGAGGACAUAUCUGGAAACCUGUUCUUGAGCAACUAAGUUUCCUUCUUGAUUUACGUAGAAAGAACUAAACUGGUAUCAUAAUCGCAUCAUGAAGUUAUGUGACUAUCAUGUGUGACCAUGGCUCAACGUGUGUGCAGGUUACAAUCCUGGUCAACGAGGUCCCUAGAGAUAUCAAGAGAUUCUAGAUGGAUUCCAUUAAAAGCCAUGAAGAACCAAUAUUUCCAACCAUGUCAUCUUUCAGUGGGCAGGCCAGUGCAGGCACUUUUUUACCGGUAUCACGUAGCCUGCCUCUCACGUUUAACAAUGAUGCCGAUAGUGAUAGUGUCUCAGAGGCUGGAGAUACUGGUGAUCGCACACUUCAGAGAAGGCAUUCACAUCAAAAUGUAUUACUUGACCACCAUCCAGCCAUGAACACAGCUUCUGUAACCAAACCUUUCCCUGUGGACAUAACAAAAUCUCCUUUACCAACCGAGUUCCUCUUGUCACCUGAGGCAAACAACUCGGCAAAGGUGGAAGAGCCUGUGUUACCAAAGUCUUUGGAAUACAUAUCUUGCCUAACUCAUUUGGCUGUUUUUGGGAUUCUUGGGGCUGUUACGAGAUAUAUGUUGCAGAAACUGUUUGGACCAACUGUUGCUCAAGUAACCAGCGAUGGGAGCAUCUUGUACCUUGAUCUUCCUGCCAACAUGGUAGGAUCAUUCUUGAUGGGUUGGUUUGGCGUCGUAUUCAAAGCAGAUAUAGCCAGAGUUUCUGAGUUUCUAGCGAUAGGAUUAGCAACUGGUUAUCUUGGAAGUUUGACAACAUUCAGUGGUUGGAACCAGAAGAUGCUGGAUCUUAGUGCUGAUGGCGAAUGGCUAUACGCUGUGCUUGGCUUCCUCUUCGGAUUGUUUCUUUCAGCAUACUCUAUCAUUCUUGGGGUAGAAACAGCCAAAGGUUUCAGAUGGCUUCUUCGCAGAAGAGCUUCUUCUGAGGAGAAAAAACAAUCUUGUCUCAAGGCUAACGCAUAUAAGAGGAAUAUUAUGUCUAUGAUCUUAAUGGUUACAUUGCUUAUGGCUUUUCUCAUUGUGAGUGCCACUGAGCUUGUAAAAGAGUUUGAAAAAGGAACAAGCAAGGCUCAACUAUGGUUAGGUUGCUUAGUUGCAGCCCCUGGUGUCUGGCUCAGAUGGUUUUUAGCCCGACUCAAUGGACGUGGACUUGGAAAAAAUGGACAGUACUUGAGGUGGGUUCCCUUUGGUACCCUCAUUGCUAAUGUAGCUGCAGCUUCCGUCAUGGCAGCUUUGGCCACUUUAAAAAAAUCGGUGGACACGCCAACAUGUAACACAGUUGCUUCUGGAGUACAGUUUGGUCUGUUGGGAUGUCUGAGCACAGUUUCCACCUUCAUGGCUGAGUUCAAUGCAAUGAGAGAAAGUGAUAAACCAUGGAGAGCCUAUGCUUAUGCAUCUUUCACCAUUGCAGUUUCUUUUGCCAUGGGAACUAUUAUAUACUCAGCCCCUGUUGGGUAAGUGGGAUUCACUACUAGAUGAGUCUUCUUGUCCCAAGAGUUGAUCAAGUUUUGUAAGAGUAAACUUUUAUCUAUAUUGAUAACUUUUUCUUGUUUUAAAAUAAAAUAUAAUGAUUCUAUA